AUGCAGCCAGGACAACCACCACCACCACCUCCUCCACCAACAUCAGGGCGACCUCAGACCCGGGCUCCCGGCAGCUUCUCACCUCUGCCGGGAGCCACGAGCCCUCCUGUCGACCCAUUACGACAGCAGCCGUCGGCGCCGACUAGGCCACCGCCCCUGCGCAUUGAUUCCUCGGGGAGUGAUGACAGUCUCGAAGCACCUUCCAUGCCCAUAGCCGCAUCGCGACAACGACCCGACUCGCCAGCGACGCCUAUAUAUGCCCAGUUUGCCACGGCGCAUGCAAACGCGAGCAGCUCCAACGUACAUCAGAACUUCUCCCGGCCAGGAGGAGGCCCAAGUCGUCCGGCGGCUGUAGGACUGUCCUCGCCCGUGCUGAAAGGCCACUCAAGGAAGCACUCGGCCACACAGGGUUAUUUUGAUUCCACCCUCCCUUCUACCGCUACGUCCAACCUCUCUCACGUUAGCAUGAGCGCCGCGGCAGGUCAAGCGGCGGCGGCGGCAGCGGCAGCGGUAACGUCGACCGGGUCGCUAUCAGCUAGCCAGAUUGCCGCCCAGGCCGCGGUUAUGUCGCAUCAAAACACCUCUCAUGUUCGCCAGCGGUCACAGACUGUGCCGUUUCCCGGUGAAGGCGCAGAUGGUGUGCGGCGUGGCAGCGGAUCCAAGGUACCGCUUAGUCCGCCUAUUUUGAGUCUCACCGAGGCGAGUGCACCUCGAGAUUCUGCUUUCGUUGCGCACGGCGGCCAGCAUUACGAUAAAGCUGCUGGGUCUCACUCGUCAGCCGCUACAGCGGCCGCAAAUGUUGUAUUUCCACGGUCCGGACACAACUCUCCACGAGAAAAGUCGAUUUCUCCGCAGCCUUUCCCGCCCUUCCCGCCUGUCCCACCACUCCCCGCUACCAUUCCUGAGAAAUCAAAGGCGGAGAAAUCAAAGCACAAGCUGUUUUCAAGGCCAGGGAAGAGUAGCAGCAGCAAAGGUGAGGCCAAGGACAAGAAUCUUCAAAGCCCUGGCAAGAUAGGGAGCGCCUUGUCUGCAUUGCAACGAGGCAACUUCAGCACCAGCAGUCUUGUAGACCCGCCUACCCAAUCGCUGUAUAGCCUCAACAACUCAUCCUCUGCUACCAUCAGACCCAUCGAGGUAUUCUCGGAAGAAAGGGUGAAGGAAAAAGAGAAGAAACACCACCAUUUUCUAUCUCGCCAAAAGCAAAAACUAAAGGACGAAUACCACUUGCCUCUAUCUUCAGCUUCAAGUAAUUCUAAACCGACAGAUCCAAAUGCACCCAGCAGCCUGUACAAUUUCAACGUUCCUGCCAGCCCAGGACCAGGCACUUCAACAUUUUCGAAAGGAAAGAAGGACAAGAAACUUGGCGAGAAGUCAGACGGUCGAUUAGACAGCGAAUCGACCUUCAACUUGGCCGGUGAUUGGUCUACGUCAUCAGGAUUGCAUCCUUUAUCACAGCAGUCAACCUUGUACGAUGUGGCAGAGCCUGGGAAGGCCGUUAGCCAGAAUAACCUGGCUCUUGACGAAGCCUGGCCCUACUUGAAAUCAAAGCUGCUUGUCGUUUUCGAAGGCGAAGAUCUUCGUCUCCCCGUUGAGGACUUCAACCGGGUGGUUCAGACACAUAUCCAGUGGUGUAUUCACAAAAGAUCGCCUAGUUCCAUGGUGGACGACUUGCGAGAUUUAUUGACGACAGGGUUUUCAAUACUGGACAGGACCCUGCGCUUGACACCCGAAGACCAGUUCAUCCCGACAGUGGUGGAACUCUGGAUGUUCACAUUCACAUCCAUCUUGCCGUAUAUGCAGUCAGUCUUCCUACCUCUGGACCUGGAGGUCUCUGGCUGCGGGGUCAUCAUGACGCCUGAGCAAGCUCGAGACUUUUGGGGUGGUGUCGUCGCAUCUCCGUCAUCUUCGAAUAAACCCGCAGGCGAUGCGCCGGCUGCAGCUGUGCUGGAUGUAAGAAGACUCGUUCUUACGGCGUACCGUGACAUUGUUGUUCUCCCUCGAUAUGACACUCUCAAGACCAUAUUCUCUCGCCUGUCCCUCGAAUUUCUGCCGUCAUCGUUUGCGCACAUGGCGUUGGCUUCUCCGCCUCUGGAAAGAAUGCUAUCGACAUCGCCGGCCGAGUCGCAAUCCUUCAUAAUUCGCCCCGGGACAGCCACUUCGGUGGAUCCUUUGGUAGGUAGUUUCAACUCUACAAGCACCACUUUGCUCGGCGAGGGUUCAGAACGAGGAAGAAGUCGUGCUGUCAGCAAUGUCAGUUUUGGCAGUCAUGGCAGCGACAGCGCUGGUGCCAUUCGCCCCUUUACCCCGUCCGGCCUGCCUGCACUUAGCAGUGUUCGAGAGCAGAACGUGGAAGACUCGAAGCAACUGACGGACAUGGUGGGCCGGAUGUUGCAGUGCAUGAGCGUCUUAUCCAGUAUUGGCGGGGACGAUGCCGACGACGAGGGGAGCAAGAAGAUUGAGGAGCUGUGUAAAAUGCUCAAGCUGAAUUGGUUGGGCAGAGGGAGAACAGGGAGAAACCGUCGAGGUAUUGUGGGCGGUAGGGUACGACGUGAUGAAGGAAGGGAAGAAUUACGGGUUGCUUGA